AUGAGCACGCGGACGUUCGACAUCGCGUCGCGGAAGCGCCAGGAGGUGGAGCGGCUGAAGGCCGAGCAGCUGCAGCAGGAGCGGGACGGCAUCGCGAGGUGGCAGGCGGGGCUGCAGGAGGGCGCGGGCGGGGAGUCGGACUACGAGUCGGACGAGGAGGACGAGCGGAGGCGGGAGGCGGCGGGCGGCGCUGCGGCCAUGCCGGACCACCCGGACUACUACGGGCGCGGGCACCGGCACAACAAGGAGAACGAGGGCGACGACAACGCGCGGAAGAUCGAGGAGCGCGUCGCGGCCGCGGAGAAGUUCGCAGAGCAGGAGCUGGCUCGCGAGGAGGAGGAGGAGCGCGCGGCGCGGGACGCUCCGGCGCGCGCACGGGCGCGCGACGACCCCGGCGAGGCGGCCGCGCUCCCCGAGGCGCCGGUGCCGGUGCGCGUGCUGCCGCCGCCGCGCGUCCGCGAGCCCGUGAAGCUGUCGUUCACCCCCACGGAGGCGCCGCACCUUCCGAUGCGCGAGAAGCGCGAGAAGGAGAUCAAGGAGUACCGGCGCAAGCAGGCGGCGCGCGGGGCGAUCGAGGACGCGGUGGACGUCACGGAGCGGCAGCCGAUGUUCCUGAAGGACAAGGGCGACGCGCUGCUGGGCCGCGGGAACCUCCAGGGCGCGCUGUCGGCGUACAACCGCGCGCUGGAGAUCGAGCCGGACCUGGUGCCGGUGCUGUCCAACCGGUCGCUGUGCCUGCUCAAGAUGGGGCUGUGGGGCGCGUGCGUGGAGGACUGCGGGCGCGCGCUGGAGCUGACGCGGCGGAACUGGGAGGACGUCGACGAGGGGCGCUGCGCGGACGCGAACGAGGCCGCGCGCGUGGGGCGGGCGCGCAGCAAGCUGCUGUGCCGCCGGGCGCACGCGCUGGCGAGCCUGCAGCGCGUGGGCGAGGCCAUCGAGGACCUGGAGGCGGCGCGGAAGAUCCUGCCGUCCGCGGAGGUCGACGCGUCGCUCGCGGAGCUGCAGGCGUCGCUGGCGCCGCUCACGCCCGCCGAGGCGCGCGCGCGCGGCGACGAGCGGCUGCGCCUCCGCGACGCCGAGGGCGCGCACGCGGCGUACUCCACGAUCGUCGGGCUGCCGAAGGGCGACGUCGGCGACCUCGAGCGCGCCGCGGCCCUGUCGGGGCGCGCGGCGGCGUGCAUCCUCAUGGAGCGGUUCGGGGAGGCGGUCGGGGACGCCGGGACGGGGCUCGCGCUGCUCGUGCGGGGCGCGACGGGCGCCGAGGACGUCGACGUGGCGCCCUGCGCGUCGGAGGACGAGAUGGUGGAGCGGCUCGCGUGUUUGAAGGCUGGUGGCGGGGCGGCGGAGGGCCAGGACGGGGGUCUGGUGCAGUGGCAGGUGCAGGACAAGCUGGUGGCGCGCAGGGCCAUGGCGCUGGCGCACGUGCGGCGGUACGCCGAGGCGAGGGCGGACUUCGCCGCGCUCGCGGCGCUCAGGGAAGGGCGCGGGGACGUCGCGGGCGCCGAGGCCGCGCGGGCGGACGCCGGGAAAGUUGCAGAGAUGCUGCGGCAGGAGGACGCGUAG